AUGAAGCCUGAGGACGACGACAGUGGGUCGGGCAGUUCAGGCGGGAGCGAUGGGUCGGGCAGCGGCAGACGGGGCGGGCAGGGGGACGAGGAGGCGGGGUAUGAGAUGGAAGAGGACGAGGAGCGGUCGGAGGAAGACGAGGAGGAGGAUGAAGCAGGCGACGACCCGGAUGACGAGGAUUUCGACCCCACCAGCUGCGCGCCGAAUGGGCAACUGCCGCGGCGGGGGAAGGAGGGCGACGUUGCGGAGGAGGAGGAGGAAGAGGAGGAGGGCCGCGACUCACCCGCGUCGUCCGGCGACGAGUCGGACUCCAGCAGUGCCUCGUCCUCCGCGUCCGACGGCAGCAGUGGCGGCUCCCGCCGCCCCCAGCCGCGCCGCCCCAAUAACCGCAGAAAAGCGCCCCCCAGACCCGCCGCCGGGAGCGGAAUAGGCGGAGGGGGAGGGGGAGGGGGUGGGGGAAGAGGGACCCGGGCUAGCAACCGCUCGAAUGCGAGACGGCGGACUGUAGAGUCGUCAGACGAUGAUGGGGUGGGGGACGAGGAGGAGGAGGCAGGGAGCGGGAGCGAGUCGUUUGACGAAGCUGGGGCGGGUGGCGGGGACGACGAGAGCUCGUCUGAUUUCUCUGGGUCGGUGAGCGAGUCAGGGAGUGAGAGUGAGGGGCGGGGGAAGCCGCGGGCCAGGCGUGGGGGGGCUGGCGCGGGCGGAGGAGGGGGCGGGGGCGGGGGGAAAGGGGGGAGAAAACGCGCGCGGGGCGGGGCGGGGAGCUCGGAGAGUGAGAGCAGCGGAGGGGAAGGGCGGAAGGGGCGGUCGGGGAAGGGGGGAGGGCGGGCGGGGGUGGCGGCGAGGGAGACACGCAUGUCACGGAGGGCUGUGCCGCGCAAGUCAUACUUUGAGGAUGAUGAGGACUCGGCGGAUGACCUGGCGCCACCUGCUAAGAAGAAACUCAAGGGCAUAGCAGCAGCGGGGGAGGAGGGCGAGGAGGAGGAUGAAGACAUGCUGCCGGCAGGGGAUGCAGCAGAGGCAGACGCAGAGGCGGAGGGGGACGUGGUGGAGCGGGUGCUGUGGCACCAGCCGCUGGGGAGGAGUGAGGAGAUGCGGGCAGCGGGGCAGCCCACGGGGCCGUGUGUGUUGGAGUAUGAUGUGAGCGAGGCCAUCGACUGGGAGCAGCAGGAGCUGUACGUCAAGUGGAAGGGACGCUCCUUCCUGCACUGCGAAUGGCUGCCCAUCUCCACCCUCUCCACGGUACUGUAUCCCUCUCCUCCACAGUGCAUCCCUCUUACACGUCCCAUCUUCUUAUCCUCAUCUCCUUCCCACACACAGCUGCCCGGGUUCAAGAAGGUGCAGAACUACAUGAAGCGGGCGGACGACGAGUGGUUGUACCGCCUCUCACCCUCUCUGUCUUCCCAUUAUGCCUCUCACCCUCGCACCUGCUCACCCUCCCACCCGCAGCUACCCGGGUUCAAGAAGGUGCAGAACUACAUGAAGCGGGCGGACGAUGAGAGGCGGUACCGUCUGAGUGUGUCAGCAGAGGAGGUGGAGGCGCUGAACGUGGGGCGCGAGAUGGAGCUGGACCUGCUCAAGCAGUACUCGCAGGUGGACAGGGUGGUGGCAGAGCGGCCAGCCAAGGCAGCAGGGGAGGCGGGGAGGGAGGGCGAUGAGGUCAGCAGCUACGAGUUCUUUGUCAAGUGGAAGGGGCUUUCCUACUCCGAGGCCACCUGGGAGACGGAGGCGGACAUAGAGGUUGCGCGGGAGGCGAUAGACGAGUUCAAGGAGAGGGAGGCGGGAGCGCUGGUGGUGGGCAAGAGCGUGGAGGCGCAACGAAAGAGCUGCCGAAGCAUGAGCAAGCUGGAGGUGCAGCCGGAGUGGCUCAAGGGCGGCACGUUGAGGGACUACCAGCUCAUGGGGCUGAACUUUCUCAUCCACAGUUGGAUGAGAGACACAAACGUUAUCCUGGCAGACGAGAUGGGGCUGGGCAAGACCGUGCAGUCCGUCUCCAUGCUCGGCUUUCUCUUUCACAUGCAGCAGAUACAGGGUCCGUUCCUGAUAGUGGUGCCGCUGUCAACCAUGAGCAACUGGGAGCGGGAGCUGCGCCGCUGGCUGCCCUCCCUCAACGUCGUGCUUUAUGUGGGCAACCGCGCCUCCAGAGAGGUGGUGCAGCAGUACGAGUUCUGGCAGGCUGCGGGCAGGAAGGGAGGGAGGCAGAGCAAGUUCCAUGCGCUACUAACAACCUACGAGGUGGUCUUGAAAGACAAGGCUGUGCUCUCGCCCAUCCGCUGGACGUACCUCAUGGUCGACGAGGCGCACCGCCUCAAGAACUCUGAAGCGGCGCUCUACACCACGCUCAUUAGCUUCCAUGCGCGCAACAAGCUGCUCAUCACCGGCACGCCCCUGCAGAACAGCGUCGAGGAGCUCUGGGCGCUGCUGCAUUUCCUGGACUCGGGCAAGUUUGGCGACAAGGAGGAGUUUUCAGCCAAGUACAAACACCUGCUGGAGAACCAGAGCGAGAAGGAGAUCACGUCAUUGCACCAGGAGCUGCGCCCGCACAUGCUGCGGCGGGUGAUCAAGGACGUGGAGAAGUCACUGCCGCCCAAGAUUGAACGCAUCCUGCGCGUCGAGAUGUCGCCCCUGCAGAAGCAGUACUACAAGUGGAUUCUUGAGCGCAACUUUCAGGAUCUGAACAAGAACGCGCGCAGCAACCAGGUGUCCUUACUCAACAUCGUGGCAGAGCUCAAGAAGUGCUGCAACCACCCCUUCCUCUUUGAGAGCGCUGACUACGGCUACGGGGGCGGCGCGGCGGGAGGGGCGCUGGACGCACAGGGCAAGGCGCAGCGGAUCGUGCUGGGGAGUGGCAAGACGACUUUGCUGGAUAAGCUGCUCACUCGGCUGAAAGAAACGGGCCACCGCGUUCUCAUCUUCUCCCAGAUGGUACGCAUGUUGGACAUUCUAGCGGACUACCUCGCUCUGCGGGGCUUUCAGUUCCAGCGCCUGGACGGCAGCACGAGGGCGGACCUGAGGCAGCAGGCCAUGGAGCACUUCAAUGCGCCCGGCAGUGACGACUUCUGCUUCCUGCUCUCCACGCGCGCAGGCGGGCUGGGUAUUAAUCUUGCCACGGCGGACACCGUCAUCAUCUUUGACUCUGACUGGAACCCACAGAACGACCUGCAGGCCAUGAGUCGUGCGCACCGCAUAGGGCAGCAGGACGUGGUGAACAUCUACCGGUUUGUGACGAGUGGCAGUGUGGAGGAGGACAUAUUGGAGCGCGCCAAGCGCAAGAUGGUGCUGGACCACCUCGUCAUCCAGAAGCUCAACGCUGCCGGGCGCCUGGAGAAGACUCAAAGUAAAAAGAGCAGCUCCAUGUUCGAUAAGAAUGAGCUGGCGGCCAUAUUGCGGUUCGGAGCAGAGGAGCUGUUCAAGGAGAAAGUGAGCGAGGAGGAGGGAGCGAGCCGGCUGGAGAAUCUGGAUAUUGACGAGAUUCUGGCGCGCGCUGAGAAAAUCGACAGCAGCACUGCUGGGGAGGGCGCUAAUGAACUGCUCUCCGCCUUCACUGUGGCGAAUUUCAGCAGCACGGAGAACGACGCUGCUUUUUGGAGCCGGCUGAUCCAGGCAGUGCCAGCAGAGGAGGAGAAGGCGCUGGGGCCGCGCUCCUCCCGCCGCAACGCCACCUACACGGGCGAUGGGCUGCAUGGGGAUGCUGAUGAUGAGGAGGAGGAUGGGAGAGAUGGGAGGGGUGGUAGGCGGGGAGGGAAGGACGGUGGCGGGAAGAGGAAGCGAGGGCGGAGGGAGCAGGGGGAUGGGGGUGCGGAGGAGGGCGGGUAUCCUGCUGCUGCGCCUGCUGUGGAAGGGGCACUGGUCCGGCGGCUAUCCAAGCGAGACGCCAACGCCUUCGUGAAGGCAGUGAGGCGGUACGGAGGCGCAGAGCGAGUCGCACAAAUGACAGCGGAGGCCGGUGGAGCAAUGGAAGCAGCGAGCGAAGCAGAGCGGCGGUCCCUCCACUCCCUACUCAUGCAGGCCUGCAAAGACACCGUCAGAGCCGUCGCCGCCGCAGAGGAAGACGACCCAAUGGGAGCAGCCGGAGCAGCAGCAGCAGGGGCGGCAGCAGCAGCAAAAAUCCCUCUACUGGAUUUCUUCGGUGUGGCAGUUAAAGCCCCGGAGCUCCUGCACCGGGUGAAAGAGCUCCAGUUUCUGGCGAAGCGGGUGGAGCGAGUAAGCGACCCUGUGAAGCAGUUCCGCCUGCGGUCGCAUGCGCGCGUGCCCUCAUGGGCUAAGACCACUUCUUGGACGCCUGUUGAUGAUGCGAGGCUGCUGCUAGGGGUGCACUUCCAUGGGUUUGGCAACUGGGAGCAGGUUCGGCUGGAUGAACGGCUGGGAUUGGAGAAUAAGAUCGCGCCGCCGGGAUCAACGGGUGGGAUUGGAGGAGGUGGAGAGGGGAAGCUGCCCAGAGGGAGCCAUUUGGAUGCACGGGCGUCUGCUCUGCUGCGCAAGGAGCUGGAGGCUGAUCCUCACCACGCCAAGGCUGCAGCAGCAGCCAAUGCUCUCAAGGUCAAGAUCAAGGACAGUGUGCUGCAGCGGUUGAAGCGGCUGCAGACAAGGCAGGAGCUGUCACCCAAGGAGGUGACGCAGAAGGUGAAGAAGUACCUCCGACAGCUGGGCCAUGAGAUCGACAGCGUCAUGAAGCGCGAGGCUGCUGAUGCCGCCCUCCCGCGCCCCCACUUACAGA